AUGUCUGCUUGGACUAGGCUUAAACGAUUUGCUGAGGUUAAGAACUCAGGCGCAGAUGGGGUUCCUGUUACCCCUUGGAUAAAUCAUGAUAUCGUUCCACUCCCUCCAAGUCGUAGAAAAUGGGAUGUGUGGACAUUCAUGGGAUUUUGGGCAAUCAACAAUCUUUGCAUAUCGAACUAUCAGGUGGGAUCAACGUUGAUUGCGAUCGGAAACUCCGUGUGGAUGGCUAUGCUAGCGAAUAUUCUUGGGAGAAUUAUUAUUUGUUUGAUGGCAUGUUUCAAUGGGCAAGUUGGAGCAGAAUAUCACAUUGGGUAUCCGGUGUUCAGCCGUGCAAUUUGGGGAAUGAAGGGUUCCUACAUCGCCAUCAUUCAAAGAAUCAUGCUCGGUGUUGUUUGGUUAUCGACGCAAUCUUGGACCGGUGGUCUUUGUAUCUCGACUAUGCUCUCGGCUUUGGCUCCUGGAUACCAAAAUAUGGAAAACAAAAUGGCCCCUGGAACUCAUAUGACGACGAAGGAGUUCACCGGCUUUGUAAUCUACUGUGUUUUGAUGUGCGGUAUGAUCUAUGUUCCUCCUGAAAAAUCUGCUCGCCUCUUGACCACACUGAAUACGAUGACAGGCGUCACACUUUUUGGAAUGAUGGUGUACUGCUUGAGCGCAGCACAUGGUGGUGGUCCACUGUUGUCCGCACCAGCAACUGCAAGUAACGCCUGGGACAAAGGAUGGGCCAUUAUGGCGGGAAUCAAAACGACUAUCGGAACGAUUGCUGUUGGUCUGACGAAUCAACCAGACUAUAACAGGUUUGCAAGAAACCACAAAGAUCCAUUGAUUGGCCAAAUAGUUGCAAUCAUGUUCUAUGGAUCUGUUGUGCCCUUGAUGGGCUGUUUGACAACGUCUGCUUCUGCAAAGCUCUAUCCAGAUACUGAUGGAGGGAUCUGGAAUCCCCCGCUUUUGGCAGCACGGUGGCUAGAUGACGACUAUAAUGCGAAAAGCAGAGCUGGAGCCUUUUUUUGUGGUCUCGGGCUGUUAGCAGGACAGCUAGCAAUCAACACUGUCGACAAUGCAUUUUCAGCAGGUAUGGAUUUCUCUGGACUAUUUCCAAAAUAUUUGACUUUGAAGCGCGGGGCUUAUCUGGGUCUGUGUAUUUCAAUUCUUUUGCAGCCAUGGCAGUUAUUAUCGACAGCAGGUGUGUUCAUUAAUGUGAUGUCAGCCUACGCUGUUCUCUUGGGGGCUAUGACGGGAAUUAUGGUGUGCGAUUACUGGGUUGUGAGGAAGCGGAAAUUGAGAUUGACCCACCUAUUUACUCCAGAUAGGAGCUCAAUCUACUGGUUCACUGGAGGUUUCAACUGGCGCUCAUUUGCAGCUUGGGUCAUUGGAUUUGCACCACUAAUGCCCGGAUUUAUCAACGCAUGCAACUCAGACAUAAAAAUUCCUUCUGGUGCAACUCAUCUAUAUCAACUGGCUUUCUUAUACGGGUUUGUGGUUUCAUUUCUGCUACAUUAUUUGUUCAACGUUUUGUCUCCGCCCACAGGAUUGGGUGAAGUUGAUACUACAGAUCCCUUUGGUACGUUUACUUACGAAGAAGCGCAAAGAUUAGGAAUCCACUUACAGGAUACUCUCGAUGAUUCGCAGACUAUUGACGAUUCCCCUGAGAAAGUGGGAAAAGAGUCCUUCAAGAUUUCGCAAAUUUCUGUGUAG